CUUCCGUUACCGGGAAAUUACGGAAAGAAGCGAUAGCUGGAGUGGAAACACAGUUGGUUGACAAACAAAGAACAGAUAAUGGCGUCAGAAGUUGAGAUUGAUGAUACGCUAUACAGUCGUCAGCGUUAUGUUCUUGGAGACAGUGCCAUGAAGAGGAUGGCCAAGUCAGCAGUGCUCAUAUAUGGCAUGGGUGGACUUGGAGUGGAGAUAGCAAAGAACAUAGUGUUGGCUGGAGUGAAGUCGCUGACCAUCCAAGACAGGAAGACGGCCACUGUUGCAGACUUGGGGGCUCAGUUCUUCCUGAGAGAAGAGGAUGCGAGAGCUGACAGGAACAGAGCCGAGGCCUGCUGUUCCCGCCUGUCUGAGUUGAACCCCUAUGUAAGUGUGGACACCCACACUGACAGUCUGGAUGAGAACUCUGACUUGUCCUACUUGAAGCAAUUCCAGUGCAUCAUCCUCACAGAGUGCCCGCUGGCUGUUCAAGUGAGAGUCAACAAGUUCUGUCGGGAACAGUCUCCUCAGAUUCAUUUCAUCUCGUCUGAUGUGUAUGGAGUGUUUGGCAGUGUCUUCGUUGACUUUGGGGAUGAGUUUGAGGUUGUUGAUGCCACGGGGGAAGAGCCUAGAGAAGUGUUUAUCAACAAUGUCACCAAGGCUGCCCCGGGGGUUGUUACAUGCCUGGACAACCAGAUGCAUGGCCUUGAGUCUGAUGCCACAGUGACCUUCAAGGAGGUCAAAGGGAUGACCUCACUCAAUGGUCAACUUUUCCAGAUGAAAGUGUUAACACCAUACACAUUCAGCAUCUGUGAUACAUCUGGGGAGGAACACAAACCAUAUGAGGGCGGAGGAAUCGUUGUUCCUGUCAAACUGCCAAAGAAAUUCCACUUUAAAUCUUUAGAGAGCCAGCUCACUUGCCCAAGCUUGACCAUUCCAGAUCUGUCCAAGUUCCAGGCUCCUCCCAAUCUCCACCUUGCAUUCCUUGCUCUGGACAAGUUUCUGCAGAUCAACAAACGACUACCCCAUAUCUGGUGUGCUAAUGAUGCCUGUCAAAUCAUCUCCAUGGCAACUGACCUUAACAAGCAAUUGGAAUCAAAGGUUGCAGUCCUGGAUGAAGAUAUUCUUCGAAGAAUGUCCUUCACGUCUAGAGGCUGCCUGGCAGUGCUGUGUGCUGCCAUUGGAGGAUUCGUGGCCCAGGAGGGACUCAAGGCCCUGACGGGGAAGUUCACUCCCCUCAAUCAGAUGCUCUAUCUGGAUGCCAUGGAGAUCCUGCCUGGCCUCGACGCUGACAAGCAGCAGUUUCAAACCAGGGGAGACCGCUAUGACCUGCUGAGGGCUUGUGUGGGAGACGAUGCAUGUCAGAAGUUGGCCAACAUCAAACUAUUCAUGAUUGGAUGUGGAGCUAUUGGCUGUGAAAUGCUCAAAAACUAUGCCCUGAUGGGGAUUGGUUCUGGAGUUAAGGGCAAGAUAACAAUCACUGACAAUGAUCUGAUAGAGAAGUCAAAUCUCAACAGACAGUUCCUGUUCAGACCUCAUCACAUCAGGAAACCCAAGUCCACAACAGCAGCUCAGUCUGUCCUGGACAUUAAUCCAGCACUGAAGAUAGAAGCACAGCAACAAAAAGUGUGCCCCCAGACAGAAGAGAAGCUGUACAAUGAUGCCUUCUUUGAGAGUCAGGACAUUGUGGUGAACGCCCUGGACAAUGUGGAGGCUCGCCGCUAUGUCGACAGCCGUUGUGUGACAACCCAGAGACCCCUCUUAGAGUCGGGUACAAUGGGAACCAAGGGCCACGUACAGGUCAUUGUACCCCACCUCACCGAGUCCUAUGGUAGUCAGAGGGACCCCCCAGAUGAGGAUUACCCCUAUUGUACAGUCAAGUCAUUCCCUGCCACCAUAGAACACUGUAUACAGUGGUCCAGAGAUAAGUUUGAACAACUAUUUGUACAGAAACCUAACCUAUUUAAUAAAUUUUGGUCCAUGAACAAGAAUGUGGAGGAAGUUGUAGAGACACUGCUGCUGGGCAACAAUAUAGAGAACUCCAUCAACAUAGUCAAACUAUCAGCUCAGAGGGCAUACACCUGGCCACAGUGUGUCACGCUAGCGAGAAUCAAAUUUGAAAAAUACUUCAACCACAAGGCCCAGCAACUUCUGCAUGCCUUCCCACUAGACACCAAGCUGCAGGAUGGAAGCCCAUUCUGGCAGUCCCCCAAACGACCACCAACACCUCUGGAGUUCAACCCUGAUGAUGAAGAUCAUGUGGUGUACGUGUCCAGCACAGCUCGCCUGCUGGCUGACAUCAUGGGGGUGCCAUGGCCGAGAGAGGACUUGGAGGCUGCCAACAUUCUGCCACUGAUUGCCAGUGUGACAGUCCCUCCAUUCUCACCUUCCAACAAGAGGAUUGAGACUGACGAGACUGCAGACAAGUCACCUGCUGAAGAAGACAUCGGCGGUGAUGAGGUAGUGCAGGCAGGUCAGAAGUUAAAGGGCGUAUGUCAAGCUGGGAAGGUCACAGAGGCCCUCAGCAGCAUGUACCCUGUAGAGUUUGAGAAGGAUGAUGACAGUAAUGGCCAUAUUGACUUCAUUUCUACCUCAGCCAACCUACGUGCACAGAGCUACAAUAUAGAGACUGCAGACAGACUGAAGAUUAAGCGUAUAGCUGGGAGGAUUGUGCCAGCCAUUGCCACCACUACUGCCGCUGUGUCGGGUCUAGUUUCAAUAGAACUACUGAAGCUGAUAGAGAGGCCAGCCAUAGAGAAGUACAAGAACUGUUUCCUGAACCUGGCCCUCCCCAUCAUGCUGCUGUCAGAACCAGGACCAGUGGAGAGGACAGUCAUCAGGGAGGGGGUGUCCUUCACCAUGUGGGACAAGUGGGAGGUCUGGGGCAACAAGGACUUCACGCUUCAGCAGUUCCUUCACUACUUCAAGGAGACAUAUGGUUUUGAGGGUUCCUCCGUGGUGUAUGGGGUAAAGAUGGUCUACAUGCCCAUCAUGCCUGCCCACAGCAAGAGCCUCAACAUGACCAUGGUGAAGCUCUUGAAGCCAUCGGCCACCCAGAAGUAUGUUGACCUAGUCGUGUCCUUUGAUGAUGAUAAUGAUGAGGAUGUGCCCGGACCACCUGUCAGAUACUACUUUGGAUUGUGAUCCUGAUGCAGCCUCCGUGAACUUGUUGACAGGCUCCUUGACAACUGUGACAAUCAUGACCGGUGUGUGACGUUCUGUUCCAGUGUGGGAAGUUCUGUUCCAGUGUGGGACAUCAUGUUACCAGUGUGGGACGUUCUGUUACCAGUGUGGGACUUGGGGUUCAUCACAUGUCUGCUUUGUGAUAUGCUAUGUAUCGCUACACUUGACUCAUUAUCUAAAAUAUAUUGUGAUAUUUGAUAAGGACUUCUAUUGCAUGAAAUUAUUGGGCCCAUUUGACAAGAGUUUGUUGCUCUUGGGUAUUUUUGGAUUUAACUAAAAACAUGUAUCUAUUUUGGCUCAAUCUAAAUGUUUACAUAAAAUUGAGUCAAGUA